AUGUACUUCCAAGACCUUCUCAACAUUGUCAUGCCCCUGACUAUCCCACACUGUCUACUGCAGGCAUAUAUGGAUAAGACAAGUAUUGUAAAGUUGCCAGCAUCAUGCCAGAGCCCUGAUCUGAUCUUGGAUACCAACCAACUUGAGGCAUUUAUGAUGACCCUGUUGGAGACAGCCUGCCUUGAUUUCUGCAUUGAGCUGCUUAACCAGAAGACCAAGAUAUAUAAGUAUAAGAGCCUGUUAGCAGCAGCUGCCAAGCAGGGCUUGUGGGUGGGCAAGGCAGCAGACCAGGAGCUGGCAUGGCUGUUCAAUGACAAAGGGCUGAAGGUGCACUACAACACCAUGCAUCACAACAUCUUUAUUAAGGACAGCCUCGUCGUGUUUGUGACAGCAUACUACAAGGGGUUUUAUGCGAGCAAUAAUGUUAAGAUCAUCUACCAGUACCUGCCUUGCGAAGUGGGCAAGCUUGUUGUGUACUGUCAAUUCCUGUGCAUAUUGAGUAUAUUCCUAAACAAUAUCCAGGCCAAGUACAAGCAGGUGAUGGCCGCCCUGGAGGCAGACAAGGACCUUAAUAAGAUAGGGUUUCCAGACCUGCUACUAGUCAACAUAGACAGUGCCAGCCCUGUAGUUGCAAUCAUGCCUACAGCCCCAGGGGGAUGCAUAAUUAUGGGAUUUAUCCAGCAGUACAUCCAGCAGGCCAGUAAUAGCCAGGUUGAUGCUAUCAGCUAUAAGCUGGGCUCUAGGAGAGUAUUAGAUGCCAAGUUCAAGCGCGUGCAGGCGUACAUGGAGGUUGUGGAGGGGGUAGGGUGUCAUUACUGGAUAGGCAGGUAUCAGCAGCAGAAUACAAUAUCAAUAUAA